CAAACACCAAGAACAAGCCUAGUCUCUACGGCAACGGGAUACAAACGCACGGGAAGUCGUCUCUCUGCCAGACGUUUACACUCAAAGGUUUCUUCGGUGACACAUUUGCAGAGAAUGAACAGAUGAUCUCACAGAUUAAAUAGGAGAGGAAUGUCCACACAAUGCCUACACAAUCAACAAAAUCCAGAAAAUCCAGGUCAAAAAGGCCUGUCAAAAAGGCCGAGAGGAGGAGGUCAUCCAAGAAGAGAUCAGUCAGUGCCAAAGCCACCAAGUCAGAAGUGGACAUUCUCAGUCCAGCAGCCAUGCAGAAUGUUUACUACAUUUCCCACAAUGCAGUUGACUGUCUGGCGUUCCGAGGCUUUGGAUGGCCUAAGUCAACUCAAAAGAAAACAGGAGGAAUGAAGGGCAAGAAACCAAAAAACAAAAAGUGA